ACUUGGUCACAGUUCUAUUCCGAAACUCAAUAUUUUGUCAUAAGGAAAAAUAUCAGAAAUGCCUAAAGAUACCGUUUUUAUAAAUGAUCAACAGGGGCUUAAAGACCUCAUCGACUUGGUGGCACGUCAAGACAAUUCUAUCGGAGACUUGCAACCCCUACUAUACAUCGAUCUUGAGGGCGAACGCCUCAGUCGGCAUGGAAAGGUGUCUCUUGUGACCGUGCUUGUUUAUCUCGGACUUGGCCUUGAAUAUUCUUAUAUCAUAGACAUACACACGCUGGGAAGCACAGCCUUUUCUACUGUCGGCAGCCUUGGCAAGAGCUUGAAAGAUAUCUUGGAGUCACCACAAAUCUUAAAGGUAUUCUUCGACGUCAGAAAUGAUUCAGACGCACUCUAUGCCCAUUAUGGGAUUGCACUGCAAGGCGUCCGGGACAUCCAGCUGAUGGAGAAUGCUUCCCGGCCCACUACAAAGAGAAGAAAGUUCCUGAGCGGCCUUUCCAAGUGCAUAGAGGGGGUUACAUAUGGAAAAAAAAGAGACCAAUGGAAGCUCUCGAAGGAAAAGGGGGAGUCUCUCUGGGAUCCCAAGAAAGGGGGCUCAUACAACGUGUUUAACACCCGGCCUCUCCCGAACGAAAUAACCUCAUACUGUGUUGGUGAUGUACGAUACUUGUCGGCGUUAUAUCGCAAAUAUUACCGUGACAGAAACGACUGGAAUUGCUUGAUUGCGGAGGAGUCACAGAAACGAGUGGCGGAAUCUCAAACGGUUGAAUAUCAACCUCAUGAACCGGAAAAGGGAAUGAGUUCUUGGAGCACUGAGCAAAAUAAGAUGCUCGACUCCUGGAAUACCCCAUAUAAGUCAAGGGAUUACUUUUCACAUUCUAAAAAGUGACAACCUAGACGAUUUUGAGCAAGACUUAUGGCAUGACGACAAUGAUUUCAAGCAAGACUUAUGGAAUGACGACAACGAUUUCGAGGAUUGGACCAGGGCACCAUGGCAGGGACCUUCAUCUUAGUUUAUAUAUAACACUCUGAGCUAUGAAAUAUCAGAUCAAUAUACAUGAAAGUAA